ACUUCCUGGUGUGGUUCCUCGGGCUGCAUCAAAUAUGUCAUCGAUUUACGUUUUUAGUUAUGUAUUUUAUCCCGGCUAAUUCCAUAAAAGAGUAGCGCAUCUGUUGUACGAUAGAUAGACAGCCUGGCUAGGGGUGGUAGUUGUAGCGAGAGGUGCGAGCUCUCUCGUCACACCACCACAAGCUUAUAUUGUAAAUAUCAGGCAGCCGAGCAAAGCUUUGCAUGCUAAAAUGGCCACCAUGGAGAAAUUGAUGAAGGCCUUUGAGUCUCUGAAGUCGUUUCAGCAACAGCAGGGACCACCGACCGCCGAGGAGAUUGUCCAGAAACAGAAAAAGGAACUGGCAACCACCAAAAAAGACCGCGUGACCCAUUGCCUAACAAUAUGUGAAAACAUUGUGGCACAGUCGUUGAGCAGGACAUCUCCAGAGUUUCAGAAACUGCUGGGCAUUGCCAUGGAGAUGUUUCUGCUCUGCAGUGAUGACAGUGAGUCAGAUGUCCGGAUGGUUGCUGAUGAGUGCCUAAACAAAAUUAUCAAAGCACUGAUGGACUCCAACUUGCCUCGACUGCAGCUGGAACUUUACAAAGAAAUUAAAAAGAAUGGUGCCUCUCGCAGUUUGAGGGCUGCUUUGUGGAGGUUUGCUGAGCUGGCUCACCUCAUCAGACCUCAGAAAUGCAGGCCCUACCUGGUCAAUCUGUUGCCGUGCCUCACCAGAAUCACCAAGCGACAGGAGGAGAUGGUGCAGGAGACUCUGGCUACCGCAAUUCCAAAGAUUAUGACAGCACUUGGAAACUUUGCCAAUGAUGGCGAGAUUAAGGUGUUGCUGAGAUCCUUUGUAUCCAACCUGAAGUCCAGCUCCCCCACCAUUAGACGGACGGCAGCCAGCUCAGCUGUCAGCGUGUGUCAACACUCGAGACGUGCCACCUACUUCUACACCUGGCUGCUGAAUGUGCUUCUUGGUCUGGUGGUCCCAGUUGAUGAUGAGCACCCCAGUCAUCUUAUCCUUGGAGUGCUCUUAACCCUUCGCUAUCUGAUGCCUCUGCUACAGCAGCAGGUCAACACCACAAGUCUCAAAGGAAGUUUUGGGGUCACUAAGAAGGAGGCAGACGUGCAGCCAACACCUGAACUUCUUUUACAGGUGUACGAGCUGACGCUACACUACACGCAGCACUGGGAUCACAAUGUAGUGACUGCGGCUCUAGAGCUACUGCAGCAGACAUUCAGAACUCCUCCACCAGAGCUUCUCCACAUGCUCAUCUCCACCGGCACCAUUCCAAACGCCACCAUCUUUCGGCAAGACGCAGAGAGCAGAGGACGCUCCAGCAGCAUCCUCGACCUCAUAGGGGGAGGGUCUUCCUGCAGUCCACUAAUACUCAGGAAGCAAAGAGGGAAGAUGCUCUCUGGGGAAGAAGAUGGUUUGGAGGAUGACCCUGAGAAAAAUGAGGUUACAACUGGACAGUUCACUGCAUCAGUUGUUGCUGACGGUUCCUCUGUAGCUCAAGUGGACAUCAUCACAGAACAGCCUCGCUCAUCCCAGCACACUCUGCAACCGGGUGACUCUGUUGACCUGAGUGCCUCCUCGGACCAAGGUGGUGGUGGUGCGACUUCAGCCUCCGACACCCCCGAAUCGCCCAAUGACAAUGAGGAGGAAAUGUUGAGUCAGAGCUCCAGUGGCGGAGCCAACAUCACUCCUGAAACAGCUGACUACACUACACCUGAGAAUGUGACCCCUGAUGGAGGACCCUUAGGAGACAUGCUUGGAGCUAAUGAUCGCUCGCUACCACCCAGUGACUCCUCCCAGACCACAACAGAGGGUCCCGACUCGGCUAUCACCCCCUCAGAUGUCGCAGAGCUGCCACAGUCACGUACUCCAUUGCCACAGGUGAUUGAGCCGUCCCCUCCAUCUCCAACAUCCACUGAAGGUCCCGAUGCUGCAGAAAGCGAUUCUUCUGUCUACAUAGCUUCCUCUUCUUCGUCCUCUUCUUUCUCUUUUUCCUCCUCUUCUUCCUUCUCUGCCACGACUUCAUCUAACACUAGCGACAAGGUGCUGGAUGGCAGUGAGAGUCAGUAUUCUGGGAUGCAGAUCGGAACACUGCAGGAUGAAGAGGAGGAAGGCGCAGCCCCACUAACCCAGGAAGAAUCCACAGACCCAUCAUUCCUCCAGUCAGCCCUUGCUUUGAGCAAACCUCACCUUUUUGAGAACAGAGGUCACAACAGGCAGGGUUCGGAUAGCAGUGUAGACCGCUUCAUACCAAAGGACGAACCAGCCGAACCAGAACCAGACAAUAAGCCGUCUCGCAUAAAGGGUCCAAUUGGACACUACACUGACCAGGGAGUGGAGCCACUGGUUCAUUGUGUGCGGCUUCUUGCUGCCUCCUUCCUGUUGACGGGACAAAAAAAUGGUCUAAUCCCUGACAAGGAGGUCCGAGUGAGUGUGAAGGCCCUGGCGGUCAGCUGCAUCGGUGCAGCAGGAGCCCUGCACCCUGAAGCUUUCUUCAACCCACUUUAUUUGGAGCCGCUGGACGGCAUUCCUGUCGAAGAGCAACAAUAUGUGAGUGAUGUUCUGGGACUUGUUGAACAUGGGGACCCCCAAAUCAGAGGGGCUACAGCCAUCCUGUGCGGCGCCAUCAUCCAGGCAGCGCUCACCAAAAGCCGAUACAACAUUCACAGCUGGCAGGCCAGCGUGCAAAGUGCAACAGGUAACUCUUUGUCCCUGGUGGAUUUGGUACCUUUGCUCCAGAAAACCCUCCACGAUGAAUGCUCAGUCACCUGCAAGUUGGCUUGCUCUGCAGUCCGGCACUGCAUCAUGACUCUGUGUAGCAGCACCCUCAGUGAGAUUGGCUUGCAGCUGCUCAUUGACCUGCUGUCUUUGCGGAACUCAUCCUAUUGGCUAGUCCGGACUGAACUAUUGGAGACCCUGGCUGAGAUGGAUUUCCGGUUAGUUAGCUUUUUAGAAAGAAGAACAGAGAAUCUACACAAAGGAGAGCAUCACUACACCGGGCGUCUUCAGCUACAAGACAGAGUUCUGAAUAAUGUGGUCAUUCAACUGCUGGGGGACGAUGACCCCAGAGUCCGCCAUGUUGCAGCUUCAGUCGUCAGCAGGCUGGUUUCCAGAUUGUUCUAUGACUGUGACCAGGGUCAAGCCGACCCAGUGGUGGCCAUUGCCCGGGACCAGAGCUCGGUCUACCUGCAACUGCUCAUGCAUGAGGCACAACCGCCCUUUCAGUUUACAGUCAGCACUAUCACAAGAACCUACAGAGGUUACAAAUUGUCCAACACUGUACCUGACGUCACUUUGGAGAACAACUUGUCCCGUGUUGUGGCUGCCGUCUCCCACGCACUUGCAUCAUCUACUUCAAAAGCCCUGACAUUUGGUUGCUGUGAGGCCCUGUGCCUCCUGGCGUCGAAUUACCCAGUAUGCACUUGGAGCACAGGCUGGCACUGUGGCUAUUUCAGCUCUAGUAGCAGCUUUUCUUCCCGCACCAGCUUCAACCGCAGUAGAGGCAGAACUCACAGUCUUUCACAGUCAAGCAAUCCUGCAGCCUCCAUUUCCACCACCUCUUCUACACCUGACAUUGAUCGAAGGACUCUUACUGUGGGAAUGGCCAACAUGGUUCUGUCUUUACUUUCAUCUGCCUGGUUUCCACUGGAUCUCUCUGCACAUCAAGAUGCUUUGCUGCUGUGUGGCAACUUACUUGCUGCUGUAGCACCGAAAUGCAUGAGAAACCCAUGGACAGGAGAUGAAGAAGGGAGCAGUGGCACCACAAACUCCAGUGGAGGGCUGAAUAAGAUGGAGGAACCGUGGGCAGCUCUGUCGGAGCGCAGCCUGGUGGCCAUGCUGGACCAGCUCUUCUCACACUUGUUCAAGACCCUAAAUAUCUGUGCUCAUGUGUUGGAUGACAAUCAACCAGGACCAGCAGUGAAGGCCACUCUCCCUUCUCUGACUAACCCCCCUUCCCUCAGUCCUAUUCGACGAAAAGGAAAAGAGAAGGAUUCUAAUGAGCCCAGUGUCGCCCCCUUGAGUCCAAAGAAAAGCAACGAGGUCAACACAGGAAGACCGGCUGACAACACAAGCUCUGCAGCAUCAAACAAGUCAACCACCCUUGGAAGCUUCUACCAUUUGCCACCCUACCUCAAACUUUAUGACGUCCUCAAAGCGACACACUGUAACUACAAGGUGUCGCUGGAUCUUCACAGUAAUCAGGAUAAAUUUGGUAGCUUCCUACGAUCCAUUUUAGAUGUUCUUUCUCAGCUGCUGGAGUUAGCGACACUACAUGACAUCAGCAAGUGUGUGGAGGAGAUACUGGGAUACCUGAAGUCCUGCUUCUCCAGAGAACCAACUAUGGCCACCGUUUGUGUGCAGCAGCUGUUGAAGACCUUGUUCGGGACAAAUCUGGCUUCCCAAUAUGAGGCAGUCCUGAGUGGGCCAAGCCGCUCUCAGGCUAAGGCUUUACGUCUGGGCUCUUCCAAUCUUCGCCCGGGUCUUUACCACUACUGCUUUAUGGCACCAUACACACACUUCACACAAGCGCUGGCUGAUGCAAGUCUCCGCAACAUGGUGCAGGCAGAGCAGGAGCAGGACACUUCAGGAUGGUUUGACGUAAUCCAGAAAGCUUCAAACCAAUUGAGAUCCAAUAUUGCCAAUGCAACGCGGCACAGAGGAGACAAGAAUGUCAUCCACAACCACAUCCGACUCUUCGAGCCCCUGGUGAUCAAAGCAUUAAAGCAGUACACCACCAGCACCUCCGUGGCCCUGCAGAGACAAGUCCUCGACCUCCUCGCUCAGCUCGUGCAGUUGAGAGUCAACUACUGCCUGCUGGACUCCGACCAGGUGUUCAUUGGGUUUGUCUUGAAACAGUUUGAGUUCAUUGAAGUCGGGCAGUUCAGAGAUUCAGAGGCCAUCAUCCCCAACAUCUUCUUCUUCCUGGUUCUGCUGUCUUACGAGCGCUACCACUCAAAGCAGAUCAUCAGCAUCCCAAAAAUCAUCCAGCUGUGUGACGGCAUCAUGGCCAGUGAGAGGAAGGCUGUGACACAUGCGAUACCAGCGCUGCAGCCUAUAGUUCAUGACCUCUUCGUCCUGCGGGGGUCAAACAAAGCAGAUGCAGGAAAAGAGCUGGACACUCAGAAGGAGGUGGUUGUCUCAAUGCUGCUCAGACUCGUGCAGCACCACCAGGUUCUGGAGAUGUUUAUCCUUGUACUGCAGCAGUGUCACAAGGAGAAUGAAGACAAGUGGAAGAGGCUGUCCAGACAGAUUGCUGAUAUCAUUCUCCCCAUGAUUGCUAAGCAGCAGAUGCACUUGGAUUCUCCCGAGGCUUUGGGAGUGCUGAACACUCUGUUUGAGAUUGUAGCCCCUUCCUCCCUGAGGCCAGUUGACAUGUUGCUCAAGAGCAUGUUCACCACCCCAGUCACGAUGACGUCCGUCACAACUGUUCAGCUGUGGGUGUCUGGUAUCUUGGCCAUACUCCGGGUCCUUGUUUCACAGUCCACGGAGGAUAUUGUCCUGUCCCGGGUCCACGAGCUCUCUCUCUCGCCGCAUCUUCUUUCUAGCAAUACAGUUCGUCUCCUGCGUCAGCAAACACCUUUCACUGGCGACCAGCCUGCUGCUCAAGUGAUUGGCAACCAGGAGGUCAACUGUGAUUCUCCGAAGGCUCUACCCGAGGAAACUUUUGCAAGAUUCUUGCUGCAGCUGGUGGGAGUGUUGCUGGAUGACAUUUCUUCCAGGCAGAUAAAAGUUGACAUCACGGAGCAGCAACACACUUUCUACUGUCAACAGCUGGGCACGCUGCUCAUGUGUCUCAUCCACAUCUUCAAAAGUGGAAUGUUUCGUAGAAUCACAGCAGCAGCCAGUCGUCUUCUGAAGUGCGAGAGUGGCACCAGUCAGGUCUGCGAUGAGGCUGGUCUUUUCUAUAGUCUGGACGGUCUGAACAACCUGGUGCAGUGCCUCAUCACCACCCACCCUUCCUUGGUGCUGCUCUGGUGUCAAGUCCUUCUUGUCAUCGACUACACUAACUACUCUUGGUGGGCGGAGGUCCACCAGACCCCAAGGAGACAGAGUCUCUCAUGCACAAAGCUGCUCAGCCCCCACUCCUCUGGGGAUGGUGAAGAGGAAAAGCCAGAGUCUAAGUUAGCGAUGGUCAAUAGAGAGAUUGUACGCAGAGGUGCUCUCAUCCUCUUCUGUGACUAUGUGUGCCAGAACCUCCAUGAUUCAGAGCAUUUAACCUGGUUGAUUGUGAACCAUGUCCGGGACCUUAUCAGUCUUUCCCACGAGCCGCCGGUGCAAGAUUUCAUCAGCGCUAUACACAGAAAUUCUGCAGCCAGUGGCCUUUUCAUCCAGGCCAUUCAGUCUCGCUGUGACAAUCUUACAACCCCCACCAUGUUGAAGAAGACCCUGCAGUGUUUGGAAGGCAUCCACCUGAGUCAGUCUGGGUCCCUGCUCAUGUUGUACGUGGACAAGCUGCUCAGUACUCCUUUCCGAGUUCUGGCUCGUAUGGUGGACACUCUGGCAUGUCGCAGGGUUGAAAUGCUGCUGGCUGAGACGCUACAGAACAGCAUUGCCCAACUGCCAGUGGAGGAACUGGACAGGAUCCAGGAAUACCUCCAGACUAGUGGUUUGGCUCAGAGACACCAGAGGUUCUAUUCCCUGCUGGACAGAUUCCGAGCAACUGUUGCAGACAAUAGUGGUCCCUCUCCUCCCUUGACGUCACACCCAUUAGAUGGUGAUCCUCCUCCUGCUCCUGAAUUAGUUGUUGCUGAUAAGGAGUGGUAUGUGGCUCUUGUGAGAUCGCAGUGCUGCCUUCAUGGAGAUGGUUCCCUGUUGGAGACAACAGAGCUGCUUACCAAGCUUCCUCCACUUGACUUGCUGAACAUCAUGAGCAGCAAGCUGUUCAACCUGAGUCUCCUGUGUCCGUGCUUGAGUAUGGGAGUGCAGCGACUGGCUCGGGGCCAGGGGCCACUCUUGUUGGAGACCUCCUUGAAGGUGACUUUGGAGCAGAUUUCAGGAGUGUUGGCAUCACUACCUGAACCGCAUCAGUCUUUCCUGCCACCCCAAGAACAGCAGCCCUACUGGGAGAAACUGGCACAAGUGUAUGAUCAACCAGGUUUCUACUCCAGAGUUCUAUCACUGUGUAGAGCUUUGUCCCAAUACCUGCUCACAGUGAACCAGCUCCCCUCCUCACUGCACAUCUCCUCAGACAAAGAAGACCUCAUCACUACAUUCACAUGCGCUGCGAUUGAGGUGAUCGUGUGGCAUCUGCUGAAGGACCAGUUGCCCCUGAGUGUGGAUCUUCAGUGGGGUCUAUCUUGUUUGUGUCUGGCUCUGCAGCAGUCCUGCAUCUGGAACAAACUCUCCACCCCUGAGUACACAACACAUGCAUGCUCUCUCAUAUACUGCCUUCGCCUUGUUAUAGUUGCAGUGGCAGUGAGUCCCGGAGACCAGCUCCUGCACCCAGUAACAAAUAAGAAGGCUGUAGGUGAUUUGGAUAACCAAGUGGAUUCACCUCAUGGGAACCAUGAACAUGAAUGGAGAGCGUGUGAGAUCAUGGCUGAGAUGGUCGAAGGCCUGCAGAGUGUCUUGUCCCUGGGUCACCAUAGAAACAGCGCUAUUCCAGCGUUCCUCACUCCCACCCUACGCAACAUUGUGAUAAGUCUAUCACGCCUGCCGCUGGUCAACAGCUUCACCAGAGUUCCUCCGCUGGUUUGGAAAAUGGGCUGGGCCCCACAACCAGGGGGGGACUUUGGCACAACAUUACCUGAAAUUCCUGUGGACUUCCUUCAGGAAAAAGAUGUUUUUAGAGAUUUUCUCUACAGAAUCAACACUUUGGGUUGGAGCAGCAGGACUCAGUUUGAGGAGACUUGGGCCACUUUGCUUGGGGUGCUGGUCACCCAGCCGAUCACAAUGGAACAGGAAGAAGAGACACAGCAGGAGGAGGAUCUGGAGAGAACUCAGUUGAAUGUGCUGGCAGUGCAGGCCAUCACCAGCCUGGUGCUGAGUGCGAUGACCCUGCCCACUGCUGGCAACCCUGCGGUCAGUUGUCUGGAACAGCAGCCGCGCAACAAAAGCCUCAAAGCUCUGGAGACAAGGUUUGGAAGGAAACUGGCAGUCAUCAGAGGUGAGGUGGAGAGAGAAAUACAAGCUCUUGUAUCCAAGAGGGACAAUAUUCACACACACCACCCCUACCACGCCUGGGACCCAGUGCCCUCCUUAUCAGCUGCCUCUCCAGCUGGAACUUUGAUUAGCCAUGAAAAGCUGCUCCUCCAGAUCAACACAGAGAGAGAGAUGGGCAACAUGGACUACAAGUUGGGGCAGGUAUCCAUUCAUUCCGUGUGGCUUGGCAAUAAUAUUACACCUCUGAGAGAGGAAGAGUGGGGUGAGGAUGAGGAAGAUGAAACGGACACACCCGCUCCUGCUUCUCCACCACUUUCCCCCAUCAAUUCAAGAAAACAUCGAGCUGGUGUGGACAUCCACUCGUGUUCCCAGUUCCUCCUGGAGCUCUACAGCCAGUGGUUGAUCCCUGGCUCCCCAAGCAACCGGAGGACUCCAACCAUACUCGUCAGUGAGGUGGUCCGAUCGCUGCUGGCAGUGUCGGACCUUUUCACUGAAAGGAACCAGUUCGACAUGAUGUUCUCCACACUGAUGGAACUACAGAAGCUUCAUCCACCUGAGGAUGAGAUCCUCAAUCAGUAUCUAGUGCCUGCCAUCUGCAAAGCUGCGUCCGUGUUGGGAAUGGACAAAGUGAUAGCCGAGCCCGUGUGCCGCCUGCUGGAGGCCACCCUGCGCAGCACCCACCUGCCCAGCCGGAUGGGAGCCCUCCAUGGAGUUCUCUAUGUGUUGGAAUGUGACCUGCUGGAUGAUACAGCCAAACAGUUGAUCCCCACCAUCUGCGAGUACCUGCUCUCCAACCUACGCUCCAUCGCUCAGUGCGUGAACCUCCAUAACCAGCAGCAUGUGUUGGUCAUGUGUGCCGUUGCCUUCUACAUGAUGGAAAAUUACCCUCUAGAUGUCGGCUCUGAGUUCAUGGCCGGGGUUAUCCAGCUGUGUGGUGUCAUGGUGUCCGCCAGCGAGGAUUCCACCCCAUCUGUAAUCUAUCACUGUGUGCUGCGAGGUCUGGAGCGCCUCCUACUGUCGGAGCAGUUGUCUCGUGUGGAUGGUGAAGCGCUUGUGAAACUCAGCGUGGACAGAGUCAACAUGCCUUCGCCACACAGAGCCAUGGCCGCUCUGGGCCUCAUGCUUACAUGCAUGUACACUGCGGUGCUAGCGUCGGGUUCAGAAGUGACAGGGGUUAGAGGUCAUGUUGACUCUGGCUCUGCGGUAGUGGAGGCGCCGGGCGUCACUGCGGGUCAUGUUGGUUUCUCCUCAGGCAAGGAGAAGGCCAGCCCCGCCAGCCGCCCGGCCCACUCUGAUCCCCAGGCUCCAGACAGUGAGUCCAUCAUUGUUGCCAUGGAGAGGGUGUCUGUACUGUUCGACAGGAUCCGAAAAGGUUUACCCAGCGAGGCCCGAGUGGUGUCCCGGAUUCUGCCCCAAUUUCUAGACGACUUCUUUCCACCACAGGACAUCAUGAACAAAGUCAUCGGCGAGUUCCUGUCCAAUCAGCAGCCAUAUCCUCAGUUCAUGGCAACAGUCGUCUACAAGGUGUUCCAGACUCUCCACGCCACCGGCCAGUCCUCCAUGGUACGAGACUGGGUCCUGCUGUCUUUGUCGAACUUCACCCAGAGGACCCCGGUGGCCAUGGCCAUGUGGAGCUUGUCCUGCUUUUUUGUCUCUGCCUCCACUUCUCAGUGGAUCUCGGCAUUAUUGCCACAUGUUGUCAGCAGAAUGGGCUCCAAUGAGGUAGUGGAUGUCAACCUCUUCUGCCUGGUGGCCAUGGACUUUUACCGGCAUCAGAUAGAUGAGGAGCUGGAUCGAAGGUCCUUCCAGUCUGUUUUCGAGACUGUGGCAGUGCCGGGGAGUCCUUAUCACCGGCUGCUGGGCUGCCUGCAGGCCAUCCACCAGGACACAACACUCUGAGGGCAUCAGACCAAGGCAGGGGCGGCGCAACUCAUUUUGCUCAGCGGAAAGUUAGAGUGACAGGAACAGAGUAGUCAGUGUGAGUACUCCAGUUGAGAGUAGCCCGUUUUCUCACACAAACACAUUCCUUACUCGACACUUUGGUUUAAAAAAAAAAAAAAAAACAAAAACCAAAAACAGGUGAUUUCAGAUCUGCUUGUUUUCUAGUCACGGCUUCUGUAUUGUGAUGUCCAUGAGCUAAAAAAGGUGACGCUAAAAGCCUGUGGUAGGAUCCUGACUGAACAUAUACACCUGCUUUUAAGUUGUUAUUGAACGCGUGUUCUGGCGGUGGAAUAUUUUGAUAUUGAGCAUCUUGUCUGCAGAAUUUUACACUGACUCACUUCUCCACUCUCAGCACGGUUGAUGAGGAAAAAUACCAAAAUCAUGUUGUAGCAGAGAAGGGGGGCAGGCUGGGGAUGAGGUGGGCAACAGUUCUACAUUUUUAGUUUUUGAUUCUUGUUUUACUUCUCAGGACGAUGUAAGAUGUGAUUAUCGUUGUUUGAGACUGGAAGUCAAAUUUAAAUAUUGUAAAAUGUCAUUGUAAAGUAAUAUAAAGCCAUCGUGCAUGAAUUUAUCGUGUCAAUGACAUGAGCUGUCACGGUUCUCUGAAACACACCGACAUGGUCACAGUUCAGAAGAGAGCAGAAGCGUUUUCUCGCGGCUCUGUUACUCUUGUACAUACACUUGCCUUAGAUACUGACUCAAUAUACUCAUGUCCUGUACAGCUUGAAAGCAUGCAAAGCUUCUAUUUCUUGCAUUCUAUUAGUGCUGCGUCACUAUGGUUACAGUCGCUAUGGAUAAGAUGCAGCGCAAUCCGCAGUCUUGUGACCUUAGCAACCAACCGCAGCUUCGACAAAUCAUACCAGGAGGAGGGGGGGCUGUCCUCAGGACGCUGGAAUUUGGUUCUUUGUUGAGCUUUAAAUAUUUUGUCUGUUAAGGAUUAGGCAAACAUGUUUUGUGCAAAGUAUUUCACACACAUUUAGCACUAAAAAAAAACAACUUGAAGAAGUGGUCAUGAUGUUAGCUGCGUUCUGGAUAUGCAAUAAAUGCUGUAGAACAGAUCUAGACUUUUCUUUCUCAGUGGUGAUUCCUGCUCUUCCAAUGUUGCAUCCUGACAUGUUUUUUUCUUUCCCUUUUUAAAUUAAAAUGGAGUGAUGGAAUUCCCUCCAUAGAAAAGGGAAGGGGGCAUUGUUGCGGGUAGGUAAUCCGAUUACACAACCACUAGAGGUUUGGGUUCAGGGGUGAGCUGGUCUCGGACUCUGCCGUCUUAAACACGCUAAUGACACAAUAGAUCGACUCUCUUUCCAUUAGCGCCGAGAGCAAAUGGAGUUCUGGUCUCAUCCUCUUCAUUAAAGUCUCAAGGCUCAUUCGUGUCUUAAUUCCAUUGAUUUACAAGAAUUGACACACACUGAUUCAAUCUUGGUGCAGCCCAUAGGUCUCACUUUCAUUCCUUUGCCUGUAAAAAAAAAAAUGUUUCGAAAUUUAAUAAGAUUAUUCAUGCGUAGUCCAAUGUAAAUUUGAAUAAAUUAUUUAAAGAUGUUACCCUGUGUUUUGUCUACAACUUGCUGCUUUUUU